GUGACCAUGAAGGCGGGGGAUGAGUUCACUUUCACGCUCGACACGGCGGUCUACCACGCCGGACCGGUGUCGUUGUACAUGAGCAAGGCGCCGGGCUUGGUCAAGGAUUAUGACGGGAGUGGGCAGUGGUUCAAGAUUUAUGAUUGGGGACCGAGGUUGGAUGGUUUAUUAAGGGAAUACCUAGUUUCGUACACUUCGAAUAUCCCAAGAUGCAUCCCCGACGGGGAGUACCUCCUCCGCAUCCAGCAGCUCGGUCUUCACAACCCGGGAGCGCCGCCGCAGUUUUACAUUAGCUGUGCGCAGGUCAAGGUCACGAAUGGGGGGAGUACGAACCCGAGUCCUACGGCGUUGAUUCCAGGGGCGUUCAAGAGUACUGAUCCGGGGUAUAAUGUUAACAUCUACAGCGGUAGCAUGGCCAACUAUCAGGUUCCUGGACCUGCGGUGGUAAGUCUUUUUGCCUUUGUUUCAUAG